GUUCCUCUUAUCACACAAUGCAGAGUUAACCUGGAAAACUCACUACCUAAUAUUGCUGAUGUCAAGAGUUUAGCAGAAUUCAACCAAUGAUUAUCCAUAGAAAUGUCACAUAAAGGAGAGGAGGGGCAGCUUCAGGAAGUUAGCCAACUCGUGAUUUAACACCAAGCCCCUGUAAGUUACACUUUAAAUACAUUUACCCUUUCGCUUCUCUUGAAAGUGGGAAGACAAAGCUUUGAGAGGGUGCAUUGAGCACUAGACCAUGUCCCAGACAGUGAUCAUCCAGCAACCUGGCUCCGUGGGGUCUGCCGUCAUGUCCCCAACGGGUGACUGGAGCACCGGGAGAUACGCAUGUUGUGCAGACUGUGCCACAUGCUGUUUGGGGACUAUCUGCCCAACACUUCUGUCAUGUUACGUGGCAAACAAGUAUGGCGAGAACUGCUGCCUUGGCAUCACUUUUGGAGGCAUGACGGCGCUGCGAACUCACAUGCGCCUCUCUUAUGGCAUCCAGGGAACCAUCUGCAGGGAUGUACUGGCAAUGUGCUUUUGUGGCCCUUGUGAGGUAUGCAGAAUGGCUCGUGAAAUGAACAUCCGCUCUCCACACUAAAGGUAAAGAGCACUGCGAAGGUGGGUGAAAUCCCAGACAACGCCAUUGACCUUCU